CUUUGAACGUAGGGCUUCAGCGCCUACCGCAGGACGAAUCGUUGCCGAGGGGGGAGGAGUCCAACAUGCAGCAGCCUUAAAACCCAGCUGAUCCCGAAAUGAAGAGCAACAGACUCCAGUGAACGGUCGCACUGUUGGACAGUGCAGCAGCGGUUCCUUCACGACGUUCUAAAGGUGGAUUUUCGUUUCCUCCUGCUCAGAACUGCUAAACUGCGUGUGGGGACCCAGGACCUGCGGUCUUCUUCGGUUAUUCUUGUCAUUGGUAUCGGAGCAACACACGCAUUGUAGCUGUACUCACACACAUAUAGCCUACGCACACAGACAGCGCUCAGCGGAUUUCAAUCUCAAUAGGGACACUUUUUUUUCCGCAUUUCAAAGGAAGGUGAACAACGCGGGAGAAAAUGGCGUUGUCAAUUAACGGCGUCCUCUGUACGCUGACGGUACUGAUUUUGUGGCGGGCAGAGGAGCUAGUGGAAGCUUGCAGCUGUGCACCCGUGCACCCGCAACAGGCUUUCUGUAACGCGGACGUAGUGAUCCGAGCGAAGGUGGUGGGGGAGAUGGAGGUGGAUACUGGGAAUGAUAUCUAUGGGAACCCCAUCAAGAGGAUCCAGUAUGAGGUCAAGCAGAUCAAGAUGUUUAAGGGUCCUGAACAGGACAUUGAGGCGAUCUUCACUUCACCGGUCUCUGCUGUGUGUGGCGUUACCUUGGAUACUAGCGGCAAGAAGGAGUACCUAAUAUCCGGCAAGGUGGAGGCAGGUGGGAAGAUGCAUGUGACCCUGUGUGACUACAUCACGCCCUGGGAGUCCAUGAGCCCCACUCAGAUGAAGAGUCUGACUCAGCGCUAUCAGAUGGGCUGUGACUGCAAGAUUGUGCGCUGCCCGUCCCUGCCCUGUGCCAUCUCUGCUCCAGAGGAGUGUCUGUGGACAGACCUGAUGAUAGAGAAGCAGGUGCACGGUCGCCAAGCUAACCACUACACCUGUGUCAAGAGGGCCGAUGGCUCCUGUUCCUGGUAUCGCGGUGUGACUCCGCCCAAGAAGGAGUUCCUGGACAUCGAGGACCCCUAAUCACUUUCUGGCCCUACCCCCUUCCAGCUGCCCACUGCACAACCUGAUUAAAGAAAAAGGUUUUUAACUACAUUUCAUGAAAUAUUAGGGGAGAAAAUAAGUUCUGUGUGACAGGACAACAUUAAUUUGAUACACAUAAAAUAUAACAAGGCAAAGCUGAAUGAUUUAAGAGAGCUCGGUUAAUAGUUUACUGGUCCAAAAACAACUCCUAGCUACUACCCCUUGUGUUUGCAGAUCUAAAGGGACUGGAUAUAUUAAUAGUAUGGUGAUGGCUCCACCUAGCCCCCUAAAUGGUAUUUGUCAAAUUGCUUACACCCAUCUGGUUCCUUCAGGACUGCAAAUCACAGAAGGGUUAGAGGCUAGGGGAAGGCGCUAGACAGGGGCUCAGGAUGUUUGUGUAGCUAUUUAGUGCCACAAGACCCAUAUCCUGGUCGUGUGGUGGUGAUGAUGAUGUCACAUCCCCCUGAGGCAGGCGUCAGGAGGACAGAUGAUUUUUAUUUUUUGGGGGUAUGUCAAAUGGUAACAGAGCCCAGGUCGAAAGUAGUGCGCUCUCUAUCCCUGUCAAACUACCCAGGUUAGAACGACUCCAUAUCUAUUCAAUGAUGGCUCAACAUUACUUAUGUUUCCUCAUUCUGUUUGAUUUCAAAGCCAUAUUCCAAGAUGCCUUUUUUCUUUUUAACUAGUCAAACGCUAUUUGUUGCUUCUCAUAACCAUGCUGUUAGGACCAAUCAGAUUGAUGGUGAGGCGGGACUUCCCAGCUUGUUCUAAUAGACAUUUGGUAAGAAAGGUGUUUAGUUUUUAUAAAUGGUUGCAUUUCAUUUUGUCUGAAUAACCAAAGCAUCCCAGUCAGAGACAAAUAUGGGAAUAACAACAUUUUAAAAGAACCUUCUAGAAUGCAUGUCUCACCGGACCAGUCUAUGGCAUGUGAUAGAGAUGGAUGCCUAUGGUACCACAUUACCCCUCUCCCAUAACCCUCACCGUUAUGCCCCCCCCCUCCCCUCGAUGGCCCUUCUAGACUCAACAACCCCCUCACCCCUCCUCCCUGUCUCCACCCACUCCCCCUAGAUUGCUGUACAGUACCUAUGCAUAUACUUUUGUUUUUAAAAAUAAUUAUUGUUAUUUGCAUCAUUAGAACUAGAUUUGCACUUUGAAGAGGAAUUCCAGUAAAGACCAAACUGUGAUUCUCUAUAGUGUUUUUAAUAUCGUACUGCAGUCAGGCAGACUGUGUAUCCCAAAUGUUACCCUAUUCCUAUAUAGUGCACUAUAUGGGCCCUAGUCAAAAGUAGCACUACAAGCCUCCCGGGUGGCGCAGUGGUCUAUGCAGUGCCACCAGAGAUUCUGGGUUCGAGCCCAGGCUCUGUCGACUGGGAGGCCCAUGGGGUGGCGCACAAUUGGCCCGUCGUCCAGGUUAGGGAGGGUUUGGCUGGCAGGGAUAUCCUAGUCUCAUCGCGCAUUAGCGACCCCUGUGGCAGGCCGGGCGCAGUGCACGCUGACCAGGUGUACGGUGUUUCCUCCGACACAUUGGUGCGGCUGGUUUCCGGGUUGGAUGUGCAUUGUCAAGAAGCAGUGCAGCUUGGUUGGGUUGUGGUUCGGAGGACGCAGGGCUCUCGACCUUCGCCUGAGACGAGACUGUAACUACUACCAAUUGGAUACCACGAAAUUGGGGAGAAAAAGGGAGAAUAUAUAUUUUUUUUAGUGGCACUACAAAGGGUGUCUUAUGGGACUCAACCAGACAGCUAGGCCACAUUCCAGGUCGUCUUAACUGCGUUGCGCAGGUGAUCAGAUCUCACAAUGCCUGGAGAAGUGUAACUUCUCAGGAAACCACAUCAACAUGAAAUGGCAUCUUCUGAGGUCAGAUGGGCACAUACUCCUCAGUAGAUUGCUAUAUUAAUUUGGAUUUAAAUUAUGAUGGAAUAACAGAAGCAUAAAUUAAAAGUGGACUUUCCAUUUUCAGUACAUUUAGUUUUCCAGUGUUAAAUCUAUUACAUUAUUAUUUUUUCCCCCCUAUCAAGUCUGUCUUUCUCUUUAAAGUGGUGAAAGUCUUCUUGCGCUGGGAGCAUGUGAGAGAAAGAAUCUCACCAGUGGAGGCUGCUGAGGGGAGGACAGCUCAUAAUAAUGGCUGGAACGGAGUCAAUGGAAUGACAUCAAACACAUGGAAACUGUGUUUGAUAUAUUUGAUCUCAUGCCACCCCAGCCAUUACCAGGAGCCCAUCCUCCCCAAUUAAGGUGCCACCAACCUCCUGUGAAUCUCACCCCUAGUUGCCUACCUGCAAGGAAGGCACUGGCAUAGAUCUAAAGAGGAUUGGAUGUAAGAAACAUGGUGCUCAUUCUAUCUUUCAGGAGGCAAUCCCUUAGUAAUACCAUAUUUCUUCUACCUUAUCAAAUGCUUUCAGAUGUACACGUGCUAAGUUGGUAGGGAAGGUUUGAUGGGAUUUUGUGGGUGUGAAGACAACCAGACUAUGCAUGUGCUUUGUGUAAGUCCCUUGUGGACGUUCAGCCAAUGUACAAAAAUUUACAACAGUAUUAUCAAAUAAAACCAAACCUUUGAAAUAAUAA